AUGAUUCAACUAGAUCAGUCUUUUAUUAAUCUGUUUUACGUGGAAGGAAUUCUUGCCAUAGUGUUUGUAGCAUCCGUCAGUCUUAUUUGUCUCAAGCUAAAAUCCCCUUCCAUUGACACUACUAGUCAUUAUAUCAACCCAGAGAAAGAGAAACUCAACUCCAUCGAACUACGAAGUCUUCAAUCAUCAGAUAUACUAAAUGUGAUCACCAACCCUAACUGUCCAAUUGUUGUAUCCUUGGACUUCAAUCAUGCAGUGACAGCUUGGUCUCCAAGUUCGAGCGAAAAGCACGUUCUAGCGACUGAUAUAUGGCCAGUCAAUCAUAUCGCCAUUAGUGACGAUGGGACCCACGUCGUUCUCAUAUCAUUUAAUAAAGGUUCAAUCUACUGUUAUGAGCACUUUCAAUUAAAGUGGACUCAACAACACCCCAACAUAAAUCGAAACUCCAAGGUGUUGGAGUCAUUUUUCAGACACAAGACAGUACCAGGAUUCUUGGCAAGAAAGUUGUUACGAGAUAAACGAGCAAGCUCGAGCUCACUGUUGCCCGAUUCUCAUAGCGGCAUCAUUCGCUGUCCUGACUCGCCAAUAUUGACAGCCGCGCCAUCUGCCCCAUUCGUCGUACCUCCUUCCCCGUCAUCUAUAUCCAAACCAGUCAACAAGGUCAAGCAAGGCCAUAUAUCUCAGGAUUUUGUGGUUGUGCUCAAUAAUGGCACAGUUUUGGUUUUAUCUUGUGAAGAUGGCUCUUUGAAGCAACAGCAAUUUGAACCUUUUUCUGCUGCUGCAAAGGUCAAAACACCAAGAGUUAAUGACAAAAUUGUUUGUCAAAAAACAAAUGGAGGGUUUAUACUUGGAGUUGUGGUUAACAACAAUUUUGUCUUUCGAGAUUUUCCAAUCAAGCUUUCCAUUGGUGGGAAUUAUGUGGUAACCACUAUGAAACAAUCGCAUAAACUCAAUACACCUGUCAUUGUCCCCAUUGACUUCAUAGGCAUGGUCGUAUCCGUUUGCGAUUUCACAGCUUCUUUAAUAGAUGUUCAAACUGGUCUCGUUUUGAAAACAUUCAACAUUGGACACUUUAGACCUGGCACAUUCAAAGUUGCCCACUCACAACCAACACAUUGUAAAUUCUGCGGUUGUGUUUCGGUAACGUCAUUGUCAUUGGUGUACGAAGAUGACUCGGGUAUUUUGAUUGUUCACACCUUCAAACUUGAUCUGCAAAGAUCUAAAAACAGUAUAUGUCUUCGUGCUGAAAGAGAUCCGCGAGAAAUCAGAUGUCUUGGAUUCAGUGCUGUUUGCGAGAGUCAGCACUGGUAUGAAGAUGUAAAAUGCUGGCAGGUCAGUGACGUCAAUAUGAUUAUCGGAUUUGAAAAGGUGCACAGUAAGGAGAAAACGACAUCAAGGACGAAUCACUCAUCGUCAGUUUUUGAAAAUCAAGGACUUACUUCAUUGCGACAGCGAAACACCAAGUCAACUACGCCUUCAAAGGAGUCCUACGAAGGUUUCAUCAUUUCACUCAGUGAUGGGAAAAAAACUGCAUACCCACUACAUCUUCAAUCGCAUGCACAAAUAGUCUCAACUGCAAAGUACGGCUUCAAGUCAAUUCUUGUUAACUUUGGCUACUGUUUCAAGAUCUUUUACCAAGGAAAUAACAAAUUGAUUGAAAAUGAUUUAUACUAUAACAACAACAACACCAAUAGUUUGUCAUUUAUCAACAAAAGACGAAAUAUGAAACAGAGAGUGUAG